UCGCGUGUGCGCGCCUUGGGGGCGGGGCCACGGAACCACCCCCGCCGCGCGCUGAUUGGCCAGAAGGCCGCGGUAUGCAAAUCAGCCAGCUGGGGGGCGUGGCUUAGCUAUUUAGGGCGGGGCGUGAAUCCCAAUUUGGUGUUGUGGGCGUGGUUUAUGCUCGGGGGCGUGGCUGCCGCGGAGGGGGCGGGGCCUGCCCCGCUGCACGUGGGCGCUAUAAAACCCCGGCCCGGGGCCCCCCCCGCAGUCGAGGCUCGGCCCCGCGGCCCCCCCGAACCCCGCUGUGAUCCCCCGGUCCCUCCGAGUCCCCCCGGUCCCUCCGAGCCCUCCCGGAUCCCUCCCGGUUCCCCCCGAGCCCCGCCGGGUCCAGCAGCGCCCUCCCGCCUCCCCCGGUGUCCCCGGUGCCCCCCGACCCCGGUGCCCCCGCCAUGUCCCCCGGGCUCCGCCUGCCCGCCCGGGCCGCGCUCCUGUCCCGCUCCCCGCCCGAGCCGGGGCUCCCCCACCGGGUCCCCCCGGUCCCCGCCGCCCCCUCCCCGCCGUCCCGGAGCCCCCCGGAGCCCUCCCGGCCUCGGGGCCUGGCCGAGAUGCCCGGACCGAGCUCCGCCGCCUUCAUCUUCGAGCUGCUCUGCCGGGGCGGCGUGCGGAGGCUGCACGAGAUGCAGGUUCACGGCCGGGCCCGGUUCGGCCCGGUGUGGCGGGCCCGCUUCGGGCCGGUGCUCACGGUUCACGUGGCCGAGCCCGCGCUCGUGGCCCAGGUGCUGCGGCAGGAGGGCCCCGAGCCCCGGCGCGCCCUCAGCUGCCCCUGGAAACAGCACCGGGAGCUGCGGGGGGCACCGGGGGGGCUCCUGACCCUGGAGGGCGAUGCGUGGCGCAGCUCCCGGCGGCUCCUGGCCCGGGCCCUGCUCCGCCCGGGCGCUGCCGAGGCCUUCGCGCUCCCGGUGGCCGCGGCCGUGACCGAGCUCGUGGCGCGGCUGCGGCGGCUGCGGCGGCGCCACCCCCGGGGGCUCGUGCGCGACAUCGGCACCGAAUUCAACCGGUUCGGGCUCGAGGCCAUCUCCUGGGUGCUGUUCUCCUCCCGCCUGGGCUGCCUUGGGGACCCUGGGGACAGCGGGGACAGCGGUGACACCGAGGCCGUGCUGCAGAGCGUGGGGGCGGUGCUGGCGCUGACCCUGGUGACAAUGGCACUGCCACGUCCCCUCCUGCGCCUCGUCCCCGCGCCCUGGGACGCCUUCUGCCACGCCUGGGACCAGCUCUUCGCCUUCGCCAAGGGACACGUGGACCGGCGCGUGGCCGCGGUGGCAGCGCGGGGGCCGCUGGCCGAGGGGGACACGUGUGUCACCGACCUGCUGGUCCGGGAGCGCGUCCCUGUCACCAGCAUCUAUGGGAACGUCACCGAGCUGCUGCUGGCCGGGGUGGACACGGUGGCCAGCACGCUGGCAUGGAGCCUGUACGAGCUGGCACGGAACCCGGGGGCGCAGGCGGCCCUGCACCGCCAGCUGCUCGCUGCCACUGCCACCAACAGCGGUGACAGUGACAGUGCCAGUGCCACCACCGAGCGUGCCACUGCUGCUGCCACCGCUGCCGCGCUGGGACGGCUGCCACUGCUGCGGGCGGUGGUGAAGGAGACCCUCAGGCUGUACCCCGUCAUCCCGGCCAAUGCCCGCGUUGUCCCCGAGUGUGACAUCCGCGUCGGUGACUACCUGGUGCCACGCCAGACCCUCAUCACCCUGUGCCAUUACGCCACAUCCCGUGACAGCCGCUACUUCCCCGCGCCUGACACCUUCUGCCCGGAGCGCUGGCUGCGCCACGGGGACACCGGGGACAGCGGGGACACCCCUGGGGACACUGCUGGGGACACCCCCGGGGACAUCCCCGGUCCCAGGCACCCCUUUGCCUCCCUGCCCUUCGGCCUCGGCCCUCGCAGCUGCGUCGGGCGCCGCCUGGCCGAGCUGCAGCUGCACAUGGCGCUGGCACAGAUCCUGCUGCGCUUUGAGGUGCGGCCGGAGCCCGGGGGGGGCCGCGUGCGCCCCAUGACCCGAACCCUGCUGGCCCCCGGGGCCCCCAUCAGCCUGCGCUUCCUCGAGAGGUGACACCGGGGACAUGGGGACAUUGAGGACACGGGGACAUGGGGACACUGGGGACACUGCAGAUACAUAGGGACAGCGGGGACACUGGGGACGUGGGGACACCAGGGACAUGGGGACAUGAGGACACUGGAGACACCAGGGACUCUGGAGAUACAUGGGGACACUGAGGACACUGGGGACACUGGGGACACCAGAGACUCUGGAGACACCAGGGACAGAUGACACCGCAGACCCUAGAGACAUUGAGACACCAGGGACACCGGGACAUUGGGGACACCAAAGACUCUGGAGAUACAUGGGGACACUGGGGACACCAGGGAGACCUUGACCCCAGCGGUGACCUCACCCCCAGUGAUGGCACCGACCCCAGUGGUUGCCUUGACCCCUCAGUGUGUCCCCAGUGUCCUCCCGGCCCUGUCCCUGUGGGUGACCCCAGCCCCCCAGAGGUGGCCCUGACCCCUCGGUGACAUUGGCUGUGGUGGCAGCAGCCCAUGGCGCUGCUGGCUCUGGCAGUGUCACACACCCUGUGCUGGCCUUGUCCCCACUGUGUCCCCAACCCCGUGGGAACCUCAGCCUUGGUGGUGGCCGUGACUCCCUGCUGGUGGCCUUGUCCCCAGGGUGUCCCCGACCCCAUGGGGGUGACUCUGUGGUGUCCCCAACCCUAUGGGGGUGACUCCCUGCUGGUGGCCUUG